UUGUCUGUUACUCUCACGCUGCGCAUGUCCAAAAUCCAUCCCACCGUCCCACUCUCUCGCAUGUAUACCGUACUCCGCUUCGCGCGAUGAUGACAGGCUGAUCAAAGCUGACAGCGGACUCGAAUUGCAGCCGUGACGACCUGUUACCGUGCGGACACGCUGGAGCGAGCGGAAAAGCGUUAUUUCUUAUGCCUGGCGCGAGAGUGAGUCAUCGUAAAAGUACGGGAUCGCUGUAGAACAAAACGAUCCAGGACUGCAUCAUGGAAGUCCUGGACCCAAGCGUCUCCAGGGACGAUCAGCCGUUAUGUAUCAACGAUUCUCUGGAGCGAGUUAACACAUCGCAGAUUCCGGCAGACACUAAAUCAUGCAUCAAAGCGCGUCACACUCUCGGUUUUCUGGGCUUUCUUGGCUUUGCCCUUGUAUACGCUAUGAGGGUGAAUUUAUCAGUAGCCAUCGUCUCUAUGGUUAAUCAGACUGCAAUACCGCAUACUGAGGAUAAUGAUACUAGCGACGUUUGUCCUAAAACUAAACCGAUAAACGGGACUUUCAUACCGAGCGCGGGAGAAUUUGCCUGGGAUGAAAAGACUCAAGGUAUCAUAUUAGGUGCAUUCUUUCUUGGCUAUGUAACUACAAAUGUCCCAGGUGGUAGGAUGGCUGAAAAAAUGGGUGGCAAAUUAAUUUAUGGUCUGGGAGUGUUUCUGACUGCUGUUCUAACCGUGAUAAGUCCCUUCGCUGCGUAUUGGGGUUUGGUUCCAUUUUUAGUUGUACGAGUCGCAGAAGGAUUUACCGAGGGGGUAACGUUCCCUGCGAUGCACAGUAUGCUGGCACAUUGGGUACCUCCAUUAGAAAGAAGUAAAUUUGCUGCUCUAGUAUAUGCAGGUGCGAAUUUCGGAACUGUCAUCUCAUUACCAGUGAGUGGUUGGCUAUGUUCUUUAGAAUUAUGGGGCGGUUGGCCCCUUGCAUUUUAUCUGUUCGGUGGUCUUGGUCUCGUGUGGUAUGUGUUCUGGUUGAUAUUCAUAUACGACACUCCUUCACAACAUUCGAACAUUGAUCCUUCCGAAAAAGCGUAUAUUGAAGCUAGCGUCGAGAAAAAAGACGAGAACGAUGAUGCGGGAGUACCUUGGUUGUCCGUCUUCACCUCUCUACCUAUAUGGGCCAUUGCUAUUACGCAGUGCGGCCAGUCCUGGGCCUUCUACACUCUUCUGACCGAACUGCCAACGUAUAUGGAUAAAAUUUUGCAUCUGAACGUACAACAGAACGCAUUUCUCUCGGCGUUACCUUAUUUGAGCGCUUGGCUAGUGGGUCUUUGUAUCUCGAGUUUCGCGGAUGCACUCCUAGCUCGUCGUUUGAUUUCACCUCUGGCCUCGUUCAAACUGUGGAACACGGUGGCUUCGUUGGGACCCAGUCUCAGUUUCGUCGGUGCUAUCUGGGCUGGAUGCGAUCGUAUGACGGUGAUGUUGAUGCUUGCCGGAUUGGGCUCUCUUCAGGGUGCAGUGUAUGCCGGAAAUCAGAUGAAUCACAUCGCAUUAGCACCACGUUAUGCGGGUACCUUGUACGGAUUAACAAAUGCCGCGGCAAACGCGUGUGGUUUCUUGGCACCAUAUGUUAUCGGCAGUAUAGUAGAGGGACACGAAACCCUCGCACGUUGGCAUACAGUUUUCUGGAUGGCAGCGGGAAUAAAUAUGGCUACGAAUUGCUUCUAUUUGAUGUUUGCAUCCGCCACUGAACAGCCAUGGAGUAAAGGCGGCAGUUGA